AUGUCAGAUAACAUAUGGGUGGCAGCUGCAGAUAACAAGAUUAGUUUGGUAAAAUGCCUCAUUGAAUCGGGAAAAUUUUUACCAGAUUCGGCAGACCCGAAUGGAUUUACACCUAUCCAUGCUGCUGCUUCUUAUGGCAAUAUUGACUUAUUGCGCUAUCUUUUGCAGAACGGAGGUAAUCCAAACGUGCAGGACUCCGAUGGUGACACACCUUUGCAUCAUACGGAGAGCUUGGAUGUUGCUAAAGUACUGGUACAAGAAUUCAAUGCCAAUUACAGGCUGAAAAACAAUGACGGAUUAAACGUGAAAGAAUAUUUCGUUGAAGAAAACGAGUUUCCAGAGCUUAUUAGAUUCUUCACAAUUCUUGAGCAAACAGGAGAUCCUUCGGCAAAGGAGUUGACGUCUGCAGACUCUGAUGGGGCAAGCGUUUCUGACGGAAAGUUGCGUCUACCAGAUGGACAGGAAAUCAAAGCGUAUCUCAGUACUGAUGACGCAGAUGACAAUUCUGAAGAAGUGAAGGAUCGUCGUGAAAAAUUGCAAGAGAUUUUUGGAAACUCAAACCUCUCCGAGGAACAAAGAGAUGAACAGUUAAGAAACUACGUCGUGGGAGUUGUUUCGGAAAACAUGGGCAAACUGAGGGAAACCACAGAUGCAAGAGACGAGAGGGAUGCGGAUCCAUCUCUCAAGAGAAGGAGAUGA